CCGCAGUCUCCUCAGCCAGGUUCUCCGUCUUCAUCCUCUCAGGCCCUUCCCAUGGGCCAGCAACAGUCGAAAAGGAGUAAGAAGAGUGGCAAAGACAAGGAUAAGGAUGCCGAGUCGAAUACGCCUCCUGAGCCUACCGAAACCAACGAUUCCACACCAGCCAGCACAGUCUCCAGAGGGACAGCUCCCCCGCUCUCUGCUGCGGGGCCCCUCUCGAACGGUGCACACACCAGUUCGCCCGUACGGGUCAAUGUCACGGACCCCGAUGGCGGCACGGUUACUUCCAACGGAAGCGGUUCAAGACCGCCCGGGAGCGAUGGCUCACCAACGACAAAGUCCCCCAACCCUCCGUCCUCGGACGCAUCGUCUUUGCCUUCGCCGUCCACAUCUCCUCUCGCUGCCAACGGCAACAGGCCUGCUCCGCUCGAUAUACCCGUUACGCAGACCAUCCUUUCCAACUCGCUCGCCCCGUCGGGGCUCCCGACACCGGGUUCCACCAACAGCUUCUCGGUCGGUGAUGCGAGCUAUGGAGGGGGCGGUGGGAUGAAGGACAAGAGUCGCGCCUUGCAGCUCGACAUUGACGACAUGAUCCAGCGUUUGCUCGACGUCGGUUACACCGGUAAGGUUAGCAAGUCGCUUUGCCUCAAGAACAACGAGAUUGUCGCUAUAUGCCAGGCAGCUCGCGAAGUGUUCUUGAACCAGCCUACUCUCAUCGAGCUCUCGCCCCCUGUGAAGAUCGUCGGCGACGUUCACGGGCAGUAUUCGGACCUCAUCCGGCUGUUCGAGAUGUGCGGAUUUCCACCAGCUGCCAAUUAUCUUUUCCUCGGGGACUACGUCGACCGGGGCAAGCAGAGUCUCGAAACUAUUCUUCUCCUCCUGUGCUACAAAAUCAAGUAUCCAGAGAAUUUCUUCCUCCUGCGAGGAAACCACGAGUGUGCAAACGUAACAAGAGUGUACGGCUUCUAUGAUGAAUGCAAGCGACGCUGUAACAUCAAAACCUGGAAGACGUUCAUUGAUGUCUUCAACUGUCUCCCAAUCGCUGCUAUCGUCGCGUCUAAAAUAUUUUGCGUCCAUGGCGGCCUAUCCCCGUCGCUUCAUCAUAUGGACGACAUUAAGCGGAUACAGCGACCAACGGACGUUCCAGACUACGGUCUCCUCAAUGAUCUCCUUUGGUCAGAUCCGUCAGACACCGCGCAAGACUGGGAGGACAACGAACGAGGCGUCAGCUAUUGCUUCGGGAAGGCGAUCAUCAAUGACUUCCUAGUGCGAUACGAUAUGGACUUGAUAUGUCGAGCGCACAUGGUUGUGGAGGACGGAUACGAGUUUUGGAACGAUCGGACGUUGGUGACCGUCUUCAGCGCACCAAAUUAUUGUGGAGAAUUCGACAAUUAUGGAGCGUGCAUGAGUGUAUCGGAAGAGCUGCUUUGCGCAUUCGAGCUGCUAAAACCUUUGGACGGACCUGCUUUACGGAAGGAGAUGACCAAGGCUAAGCGGAAGAGCAUGAUGGCGACGACCACUUAGGCCUGAUCCUAAUUUAUUCACUCGGCGUGCGGCUUAUACGAUUAUAGUCUUGAGGAGUCUAACUUGGUUUGGUGCGUUUGAGUUGGUUGCCGUCCUGGCGCAGCUGAGGAGAACGAGGGGACCAACCGAGUUGUAAUUGUGGAGACGAGAUGCAACCUUGCCACUCGGUUCCAGGAUACCUUUCAGUUUCUUUCUCAUGUUGCGCUCGGUCUUCUAACGAACUCUAACGUACACCCUACCGCGCAUUCAUUCGUUACCAUCUCUUUCCCCUCUCUCUCAACCUUCUGCUACUGCCGGUCCCAUCUGCAUCAAUUCUGUCAAGGGCAUCUGUCUUGUGUUUUUUAUUGCCGCGUUUCAGUUUCCUUCGCCAUUGUGCUAUAGCUUCACCUGUUCUAUUACUCAUUUUCAAUGUGGUUCUCCGCAUGCACGUCCUUCCCCUUCCUUUACCGCACAUCACAUUCUCGGAUCGAGCAGAUUCCAAUAUAUACAUAGGCAUAAUAUACG